UAACCACGAUGGUUGAAUUGAUAAAGCGACUCUUUCUGGAAAAAGGGGAAACUGAAAUAGUUGUAGUGACUGUGAGGUUUUAAAAAGUAAACAAGUCCUAUGAGGAAGAGCAGGUGCUCAGUAGAGGGAGGGGACAGAUCAGGACCAAAACCGAGGGUCCCAGUGAUGGCUCAUGAAGAGAACAUGACAUUUCCAACAUUGUUUGGGAUUUCAGCACACUCCAGUGGGGCCUAGGAGAGAGGCUAGGGAAGUGAGUCUGUCUUCAAGUCAGCUUCAAUACAAACAGUGCAUGUUCAGAGAUAUUUUUUAGUGUAAACUAUGACACGUAAGACACAUUCACACCAAUUCACACCUACACACAUAUACAGCAUAAGUAAGCCAAGGGAAGACACAGAGUAGCUUCUAACAUAAUGGCUUGCUUAAUACAUACCAGGUCCAAUUAUGUGCUUCUCAAAACUCGUUUUAUCACUAACGGAGUAGAUUCAUUAGUUGUACUAGAAGAGGCCUUAAUAACUAAUACACGAAGGAAUCUAUUUCUUAUGUAACAAUUAGUGUAUGUGAAGGAAUAGGGCAAGUCUCCCUGCUGAUAGAAACUUUUUUAUAAUUAACACUCACUUUCAAAUAGACCCCAGGUUAUCAACACCCCAGAAAAGGAAAGAACACGGCUGUGCAGAGGAGGAUUUCAUGCCUGUGCCUGGCUGCCACUCAUUUCUCGCUGCAGAAAACUUAGUCACAUGGUCAGAACUACAUUAGCUCUGGAGGAAGCGUGCUCCCGACCCAGGGCCCAGCCCCCUCUGAAAGCAGUGAAAUGAAAUCCAGGAAAAGGGCAGGUUGGGAGAAAGGCUUUUCUUCCUUGCAGUCACUGGCAGCUCAUGCUCCCCAGCCUGGCACACACACUCCACUGCCCCACCUCUGCUGGAGACAGUCUGAGUCACCGUGGUGUGUGCUGAGAGCGAGAAGGGGCCGAGGAGGAGCCAGGCAGGGAGACAGGGUAACGCGAUGGCCCAGGCUCAGAACUGAGUCCCUUCCCUCAGCAGGGCCAUAAGUGACCCCUUGCCCAAGAACUGCCUGCGGUAUCUGUUUCCAAUCCCCAGGCAGAAAUGUAUUAUGUGGGUGUGUCUGCCUCCUUUGAAAGUGGUUUUCAAAAGAUCUGAAUAGGGAGGCUGAGAGUCUUGGAGAAAUACAGAAAUACAUUCCCAGAAGAGGAGUCUGGGGCAAGUGUGUAAAGUCUUCAUUAGUGCAUCUCCAGCACCAUGGCUGCUGCCCAGGAAUUCCCUGCGAAAAUGCUGUAUCUCGACCCCUUUCUGUAUUUAUACUGACAUCCCUAUCUUUCCAUUCAUCAAUACAGAUACCAAUCUAGACAGGCAGGCAGGCAGGCAGACAGGCAGAAGUCUUUUAAAACUUGUACCCCAUGUCCUCUAAUUAUAUAAUUUCUCAUGAGGAAAAAGGAGCUAAUAUCCAAUUUUAGUCACUAGUUUUUGAUAUUCUGUAUACAUCUUUAGAAAUAUCACAUACAAGAUACCCAGUAUCACUGACAUCCACUACACACAAUUUUCAUAAUUGCGGUUUCCUUAUAUUUUGGAGCAAGUGAAGUUUCAAAUGCUUAAUUUCAUGCGAGGGGUUUCAGUGCCUAACGUGAUUGUCCACUCAACAUCUCUUUUUUGAAUGGAUACAGAUCCCAGAAAAUGCUCCAUCUGUUUUUCUUGUAUUCAUUCCUCAGAAUUCGAGAAUUCUCAAGAGGAUUCUUCUGAGUCUGAGGCACGUGCAGUGGUUCCAGACCGCAGUCAGACACCAGGAGAAGAGUCCUCUGUCUCGGAGUAUUUCUCCUGCGUGUCGAGUCCAGGAAAGCUUCCUGCUGCUGCUGAGGACGAAUUCCAGAAAUCUCAAGAGGAUUCUCCUCAGCCGGAGGCACGUGUGGUGGUCCCAGACCACAGUCAGACACCAGGAGAAGAGCCCUCUGUCUCGGAGUAUUUCUCCUGCGUGUCGAGUCCAGGAAAGCUUCCUGCUGCUGCUGAGGACGGUAAGGGAGACACAAAGGCUGGACGGGAUGAACAGCUGCGGUGGCUCGGCCCAAUCCCUACUUACUUCACUUUCCCUUCAAAAACAGGAAAGGGCUUCAGGGCAGAGGAACUAAGACUGAAGCCUCUGCAGAGGGACAAAUUGGGGGUGUGCUUUCAAUGAUAGGGCGGUACCCCAUGUGAAUACUGGGACAGCUGUGAGAUGGUGGGCUGUGCUGAUAACAGUGUGGGAAUUCAAUUACCUCUUCCCUCAGAUCAACAGAAACUCACUCACACACACACUCUAUAUUCUUUCAUACCAGAUAGAGCCCC